AUGGCCACCCUGCAUCGGCUGCGGGAGGUUCCCCGGCACUUGCUGGUCUGCAAGAAAUCCAACUACGGCCACGACAAGUCGCGCCACUGGCAUUUUGUGGAGACGCACUAUCACAACUACAGGGUUUCAUUUCUGAUUCCUGAAUGUGGGAUUCUGUCAAAAGAACUGAAAAACCUGGUCAUGGAAACUGGACCCUAUUACUUGGUGAAGAACUUACCUCUUCAUGAGUUAAUUACACACGAAUUCAUCAACACUGUUGUGAAGAAAGGUUGGUGCUGUGCACUAACAUACAAUAAAAAUAUCGAUGAAGAUAAUACUGUGGCCCUGCUGCCAGACGGGAAAUUAAUUUUAUCACUGGAUAAGGAUACUUAUGAAGAAACUGGUCUUCAAGUUCAUUCAUCUCAGUAUUCUGGCAGAAAAAUCAUGAAAUUUAGUGCAGAAGAAUCCAUAGUGAUGUCAUACUUUUCCAAUUACCGAAUUCAGGAGCAUCAGCCAAAAAUAGCCCUGAGCACAGGGACCGAGCGGCAGUGCCCCGUGCUGCAGAGCAGCGCCCGCUGGGGGGCGCCAGAGGCGGCCUGCAGUGCUCCGGAGCUUCUGGACUGGCUGGGCGCCAUCUUCAGCCACACGGAACUGAAUAAUGAGCCUAAUAACUUCAUAUCAACCUAUUGCUGUCCUCAGCUAAGCACAGUGGUGGCCAAAGCCGAUUUGUGUACAAUCACUGGUUUCAUACUUCCAGAGAUCUGUCUCCUCUUGGAACAGCUGUGUCGCUACUUUGAUGAGCCCAAGUUAGCUCCUUGGGUUACGUUGUUAGCAGACAGUCCUGUUUAGUUGAGAGAAAAUGAACAUGGUUUUCGAAAAGGAGGAGAACAUUUAUACAACUUCGUGAUUUUUAAUAAUCAGGACUAUUGGCUUCAGAUGGCUGUUGGGGCGAAUGAUGACUGUCCACCGUAA